GUUCUCAUCCUCUCCAUUAUUCGAUUGCGCCUGACGUUUUUCAAAGUUUCUCUUCUGAUAGUAUCUAAAAAGACUCCAGCUGGCCCAUACGAUCAAUAUGGUUGUAGGGAUGGCGACUGCGAGACCAAUGGCAAGAGGUUGUCGAUCUCUUCCCCGGCCUGGAUACCCCCCGCGAGGUUUUAAAGACAGUUUACGGAAAAGGAAAAUCCCGUGCCAACGAGUUAUUGUAGGCCUUACACUACACUCUUGGCUUCUCUUUGCAUCACAUCGCUUAGAUAUAAUACGCCCAAAGUUCCGUUCUUGGUACUCCGUCAACAUCACAUGAUGAACUCGGCUAAGACGGCUUCGCGAAAUGCUGGAAGGAGCCGGGGGCCAAGAAAUCUGUGAGCCUAUGAGUAUUGACGGUCGAUGAGGAGAUCUUGUACUUU